AUGGCCGACAAGACCAACACCAACACGUCCGCAGCCAACCAACCUAGGAUCGCCAUAGCAGGCGGCGGCCCUGGCGCUCUCACCCUCGGCGUCCUCCUUUCCCAGCGCAACAUUCCCUUCACAAUCUACGAGCUCCGGCCCCGGCCCACCGAGGCCCAGCUCGACGAGCCCUCUGGCUCCCUCGACCUGCACGAUGGGUCGGGCCUGGACGCCAUCCGCGCCUGUGGCCUCUUCGACCAGUUCCUGCCCUACACCACAGACUGCGAGGACAGCAUGGUCCUCACAGACAUGAGCGGUGCGGUUGUGCACUCUGACUCGGCCAAAUCGCAAGAGGACAAGUCGUGGCGGCCUGAGAUUGCACGCAAUAACAUCACACGCCUGCUGCUGGGGGCGCUGCCCGAGGGGUGCGUGCAGUGGGGGACCAAGGUCGUCAAGGUGGAGAACGCGCCUGUGGACGGCACGACGACAGGCGAGGAGGGUCAGGCGUGGUACGACCUCGUCAUCGGCGCCGACGGUGCGUGGUCCAAGGUGCGGCCGUUGCUCAGCCAGGCCAAGGUCGAGCUCAGCGGCGUGCAGUGGUUCCCCCUCGUGAUCCCGUCCUUCAGCAGCCGGUUCCCAGAGUGGUCCGAGUACACGGGGCGCGGCAUGUUCCUCUGCCUGGGCAACCGGCACAUGUUGUGCUCGAUGCGCGGCGUGCGCGACUGCGCGUACGUGGUGCUGUCGAUCAACGGCGCGCGGGCGGGCAACGAAGCCGCCCAGGCGCUGGGGACCAUCCCGCUGGCCGAGGCGAAGCAGCGUGUCCUCGGCGACGAGGCGCUGCUCGGGGCGCACGGCGACAAGAUCAAGGACUUUGUCGGCCUCGCCUUUGACGAGCAGAUAAAAGCACAGGGCGAGCAGGGCCGGCUGCAGGCUGCGCAGCUGGUGGCGCUGCCCCAGGACCACCGCUGGGACCACCGGCCCCACGCCACGCUGAUCGGCGACGCGGCCCACGUCAUGCUGCCGUCGGGCGAGGGCGUCAACCUGGCCAUGCUGGACGCGCUGGACGUGUCCAGGGCGGUGGGGGAGGCAUGGACGGCGGUGGGCGGCCGGAGGAAGGGGUUUCAGGCGGCGCUGAGCCCGCUGCUGAAGAAGUGUGAGGAGGGGAUGCAUGCGCGGGCGCAGAAGGAGGCGGCGGAGUCGGUGGCUAUGAAUAAUGUGAUGCUGGGGCCGGAUGGGGCGCAAGGGAUGGUUAAGUUUAUGGAGGAGAUGAUGGCUCGUAUGCAGGCGGCUGGUGCUGGUGGACCGGGGGGGAGGAAAUGAGGGGGAGGAAGGGCAUUCAUUUUUCAGCCUUUGCAAGGAAGCUUUUCCUUUGGUGUUGAUGGGGCGUUGUGUAGAAAGAACCUUUCCAUGUUGAUACUGUGAAACUUGUAGUGCCGUCAUGGCACGGCCUCGUCUAGAUAGGAUGUUCAUACUCCACUUAUGAAU